UCUCCAGAUUCUCCAGGUUCUAAAGUGAAAACCGGCAAGAAGUCUGUGAGACAAGACCUGUAGGCCCUACUGGACACCCUUUCCCCUCUGAGGAUGACCAGGGUGCUGCACAUCACUGUGGCCUGCUGCCUCCUUGUCAUAAAUCAGGCCACUCGCAUGCAUCGCUGUGAGUUGGCCAGGGUGCUGUACAAGAAUGAAUUGGAUGGAUAUGAGGGUUACUCCUUGAAUGACUGGAUUUGCCUGGCUUUUGUGGAAAGCAAGUUCAACGUCUCAAAGAUAAAUGAAAAUGCAGAUGGCAGCACUGACUAUGGCAUCUUCCAGAUCAACAGCCACUACUGGUGCAACAAUUAUCAGAGUCACUCAGAAAACUAUUGCCACGUGGACUGUGAAGAUCUGCUGGAACCGGACCUUAUCUCGAGCAUCAACUGUGCAAAAAAGAUUAUAUCUGGACAAAGGGGGAUGAGGAACUGGUUAGAAUGGAGGUUGCACUGUGCAGGCCGGCCUCUCUCCCACUGGAUGACAGGAUGCCACCUGAGAUGAGACAGGGUGCAGGCACUCUGUGGAGUCAUUCCAAAAUUCCUGUCCUUAUUCGGGGAUUCUUCACUUCUUCCUCUUUUCUCCACUUUAUUUUCUUCCCUUCCCACUCACAAAUAAAAUGAAGAAACCCAGGGAUAAAUGAUUUUCUUAGACUUCCUCCGUGCAUCCACCCAGGCCCAGUAUCCUUGCUCCUGACUUUGAUUUGCAAACCAAAAGGACGACUUCUAGGGUUUUUAAAAUGUACUAAGGUUUUCCCUGGGCAAGAAAUAUGUUAGUUUAUUUAUAUUCACACACACACAUUUGGGUUCUUACUACAGUAGGAGUGUACCAGAUUCUGGAAGAAGGAAGACAUAACUAUUGUCCUUCGGGUGUUCAUAAUUGAGGCAGAGAAGCAGAAAUAUCCACAAACUUACAAUGGACAAUGAAGUGGGUAAUAAAAUCUACAAUUAUUGGUUUAAAAGAGUACCAAGAUUUGUGUAAUUCCCCCAAGACAACUAUUUUUGAAGUAAAAGAGGAAGCUUAGAGGUAGGUAAUGGGUGGGCUAAGGCUGUGGUAUUUGAGGUGGAAAAAGUAGUGGUGGAACACAGAAAUAGUGCCAGCUACCAAUGAUUUUUGGUUGCUUUGGUAGAAUGAGUUAGAAUCUAGAUGAUUAAAGAAAAAAGUUUUUCUGGAUAGGAUCCAAUUUGCUUGGAGGGGGCUGACAUGGAGUAGAGCCUAUUUAAGGACAAGGCAAAGACACAGAAGAAUGUCCUGCACAUAGGCACCAUCAGUAGUGUCGGAUCAAACUGGAGUGUUAUAUGGGGUCCUAAAGCCUCUACCUCUGAUCCCUAACUGCAUCAGAUAUAAGACAAAAGAGUUGA